AUGUCUGAUAUUCGUCGUGAUCGUGAAAAACCUUUCUCAGUAUCAAAAUGUUCAUCAAUGAAUGAACGUCAAAAUAGUAAAGAUGAUUAUGAAAAUAAUCAUCGUAAAAGAACAAAUUCAAAUAGAUCAGAUAAUCAUUCAGAUUGUCAAAGAACUUCAAAUAUUGAUUCGAAAGUUUAUAUUGGAAAUGUUCCGACAGAUAAUUUAACUGAUAGUGAAUUACUUGAUUUUUUUAAAUCAUUCGGCAAAGUUUCAGAUAUUCGAGUCUAUAAAGGUUAUAUGUUUGUGCAAUAUGAUAGAAUAGAAGAUGCUCGAAGAUUAAUUAAACAAGGUGAAACAUGUUUACUACUUAAAGGAAAUAAACUUGAUGUUUUACCAGCAAUGGAUGUUAGUCGAAAGAGUAGACAAUUAUCCUUAAAUGAAAGAUCAUCAAAAGAUCAUCAAAGCUUUCGAGAGGAUUCAUCAAGAGAUUCUCGUCGACAUUCUGAUUACGAUCGACAAUCAUCAAAUUAUGAACCUCCUAGAAAACGAUAUUCAUCAAAACAUCAUUUAGAUGAUAAUCAUCAACACAGAUCGAAUUUUACUAAUAAUAAUUCAAAUAAUUAUCGGUUAGUUUUUUUUUAA